AUGACUUCUCCAUUACGUCGUCCUAUACUACAUAAAUCCAACUCGUCAAUUUCUUACCUACCUGAAGUACCUGAAACAGCCUUAACAUCCACUGGAUGGAGAAUUGGUGAAAGGGGAUUGAAGAAAUGGUUUGUGAUUGUUGAUUAUGGGGUGGAAUUGGAUGUGGGUCAUAGUGAAGCCGGAGGGAGUGUUUUGUCAUUACUUCAACCCACUGCACAUCAACAACUUAUUCAUAUUCUUCCAACUCUUGGUCUUCCUUCACCUACCGGUCUUUCCCUUCAUCUUUCUUUCCCUUCUCCUACAGGUUCUUUACCUAAGAUUCUAGACUCUCACUGGCUUCCUCUCUUCUCCCCUUAUCUCUCCCCACAAACGGAAGAUCAUCUUUCUACAUCAUCAACCUCUUUCGGUGGUUUACCCAUAGUCGCUAGAUUAACUUUGAUUGUAGAUAAACGUCAAGCUAGGUGGUGGGAAGCAUGGAGAAAAGAUCCUACAGAAGGUACGGUAGCAAGAUAUGUAGCAGUGAAAGAUUUAAGUCGACUUCGAGAAACCGACUUGACAGAAGAUAUCACUCGACAUACAGAAAAACAUAACGAAUUCACAACAUCUGCACUUCGUCCUCCUCCGAGACCUUCACUUCAUACUUCACCUCUUGAACAACCUACUCCAUCUGUACAAGAUACACUCUUGAGCCGGAAUAGGGAGCCGAAAGAAACUACUACUGUAACAAAUGAUUCAAAGGAACCUUUGGAACCUCGUCGACAACUGACACUUCCCAACAGUCCAUCUGGGUCAACGACAGAAACUAUCAAAAAGAAACGUUCUCCUAAACCCGCUCCAUUGGAUCUUGUCCCUCUCACUAAAACUUUCUCAUCUUCUGAAAACCCACCUUCCCCACCGGAAUCAGGAGCGACAUUCGGUACUACUCCCCUCACUCAUUCACAUUCCAUUCCAUUAGUUUUACCUUCUCCUCAUAUUCUCACAACUUCGCCUCAUUCUUCCAUCCAUGUGUAUUAUCCAUAUGACGGUCCACAUACUUCACCUGAUCCACGUUUACCACCGAGAUAUCCUUUGUUACUUGAUUCUCCACUAAGUUCUCCACCAUACUCCAUCGUCUCCUCGAGGGGUCCGGGAACUCCACAUCGGGUACCUCAUGAUCCUCAAGGACCGUCAGAUUGGGUUCAUACACCUGGUGUUGGGGAGGGAUUUUCGAGGGAAGUAAAUGGUCUAUUUCCUACUUCGUGGUUGCUCCUGCAGAGGUCGGAUGAAGAAGAUGAUGGAGAUGAAGAGGGCCGACAUUGGCCCUAUGGUCUGGAGACUCCGAUCCAAGACUAUUGGGAGGGACACGAAGUCAUAACACCUCUUGAAAAGGAUGGGAACACUAGCGAGAGGGAGUUUGGCAAGGAGCUUGAGGUAUCUUCGUCGGGACAUGGACAUCACCCAUCGACACAUAUAAAACCGUACAUGGGGUUGGACCCAUGGAAAGACGUUUGGCCGAUGUUUGACGUGGGAGUUGACCAAGCUUCCGAAAGACCUCUCGAGCUGGUAACGGGUCAUCAUCCUGUUGUGACCGAAGAACCACCUCACGCAACCAUUUCCAAUUCAACCAACUCGGGGAGGAUGCUCGCGGAAGAAGUUAAUGCCAAGAGAAUAGAUGUUCGAGAGGGAAAAGAAGCUCCACCCAAAUCGGAUGUCGACAGAGAACCGGUGGGUCAUAGUGUCGAUACUUAUAUCUCGAUGAGCCCUCGGAUUCCUUCUCUUAAUUUCCCACCUACACUGUUCGUCCUUCCUUCGCAGACUCCUGAGUCACAAGUGUCCCGCCCGAUCACCCUUCCCUCUCCCGAGGUGGUUCUCCAUGAACGCACCAUGGUGGAAACUGUGAGCCUCGAGGACGAGCCUACACUAUCCGCGCAACCUCGUCCUAUUCGUCAACGACCAAUGCCCAUACUCCCUCCUGCCAAACCAAUGACUUCAUUCACUCCUUCUUACUCUCCUUCCUCGUCCUCGUCCUCUCACCCUUCAUCUCCUUCUCCCUUUCCCGAAGUCCUUGCAACGACAAAGUCCCCUCUCAGACCUACCCAUUCCAAGCUUGACUCCACAUCUUCCAUCACGACUCCUCUUCCUUCAACGUUAGAACGAAGGAAAACCACCCCUCGUCCAGCUCGCACAGAGUCGAUUCCCAAACCACCCACACGAGCUCAAACCAUCAUUCGUCCAUCGGAAUCUCUUCCUCCAAGUUCGUUCUACAAUCAAAACCAAAAUAAUCGCCAGUCCACCGUAUCAAUCAACAGUAUCGCUUCGAAUACCUCCAAAACCCCUAAAAGACCUUUGAAACGUCUCAGUCAAACUCUGGGGUUUUUCUCGGAGGGCGACGUGGGCUUCGCAAUGCCCUUAAACUGCCCACGCGAAGUAGGAAAAACGAAUUGGAACAAUUCGAAUUUGUCAAUGGGACAUAGUUUUUAUCCUAACUUCGAAAUCUAUCCGCCGAGAUGGAGGGGUAAAAAAGGUUAUCCGAACCUUGUGAUAUACCCUCCGAUUCAUACUCAAUCUGUCACCCCGAAGAAGAUCAAGAUACUUCCACAUAUUCAUCUCUACCCUCAACUAGUGAUAUACCCUUCAUCCGGCCAAGGGAGGAUAAACAAGAGACGGGAAGAAGUUCAAAUCUUACCACAAAUCCAUCUUUACCCACAACUUGACAUCUAUCCUUCUUCACGCCAUUCGAGGAACGGUAAGAAACCAGAGGACGUUCAAAUUUUACCUCAUAUCCAUCUCUAUCCCCAGUUAGUGAUCUACCCUUCAUCUGGCCAGAUCGGCAACAUCAAGAAACCAGAGGAGAUCCAAAUCUUACCUGAUAUCCAUCUCUACCCGCAGCUUGUCAUUUACCCUUGUCCACCCAAUCUGUCUGAAAAUGGGGUCAUCAAACCUGAUGAUAUUCUCGUCCUCCCUCAACUGCACUUGUAUCCCCAGCUCCUGAUUUACCCAAAAUCGAGCAAAACCACCAUAACCGCCUCCAUGGAGUAUGUGUCGAGAUUUGCGGAGGUUGUGAUACUGCCACAUAUCGAAAAGUACCCACAGCUGGUGAUAUACCCUCCCUUUCGUAGUAGGCCGACAGAGGUGAAGGUGACCUUGAUGACGUUUCAAUACCCUCAUAUCGUUUUAUAUCCGAGCCGUCAUAUUCCAGAAGAGGUGAAAGUAACAUUGGGCCCGAUGGUAUACCCAAAGCUGGUCAUCUAUCCGGCUGUAUGUUGGAGAAGACCUAAAUCAGUGAAUAUCCUGUUACGACCCUUCAAGUAUCCGCAAAUUGUGAUUUACCCGUCGUCGAUGUCAUCUAUAAAUGGCAAGCCAGGGAGCGCACAGUCAACGUCAUUGUACAGUACUUCGGUGUUCAGUGGAGUUGUGUCGCCGAUUUCAAACCCUGUGGAUGAGAAGCUACGCAUAGGAGAAAGAGAUACGUUACCGGUUCGUGCUGGCCGUAAGACUCAUGAGCAGCUGGUGCAAGAAGUGAUGCGUGCUCGCGAAAUCGCAAAGCUUACAAUAUUCCCUCAGCCGCACGCUGCGACUAACAUCGUUCAAUCUCCCUCAUCCACUCUACCCUCAGGGAGUCAGAAGAAAGCGGAUGUCUUAGGAAGCGAGACGAUCUUGAACCUUUCUCGUUCAACCAUCAACAAGCCGAAGAGGCUUUCAGGUUUACCAGCAAGUCCAGCGGAGAGUUAUCUAGCUUUGAAAGCUUCAUUAGCUCGUAUCCAGACUACGACCACUGCUCCACCUCGUCCACCUCGACAUACUCGUGAUGUGUCCAACACUACCUCCGGGUCCCGUACUCCAGCUAGCAAUCUCCAAACUCGACUUCACCUUUAUCGACCCCUCACACAGCAAUUCCACAUGGGAAGGAAUGAUUCCAUGAAUGCCGGUGUUCAUAGUCGUACCUCGUCACAGAGUUCACUCGCGUCACCCGAAACGACACCCCGACCCUGGACUCCGGCUAGAACGAGGAGUAGCACUCUUGUCGCUGAUCGAAUGAAGUCUCUUCUUGACCAUCAACAGAGUCCCCCACCCGCUCCGCCAGCUGUGAGAUAUACGAGGAGUGGGACAGUAAGUGGAGGGAUAUCACCUAUGUCAUCACGUCCUCCUACCGCUCCGUUACCACCCUUGCCACCCAUGCCACCGGGAGCGAAUGAGAGAAGUAAGACGGUGGGAAAGUUACCAAACUCGAUGUUCAAGAAUUGGGUAUGA